AAAGUAUCUCCAAAGUCCGACAGACCAAGCAGAGAUUAACAUUUGGCGUCUAAAAGAAGCUUGGACAGUCGUAUUUCAGGACUUUUAUUUUGCUUUAUUAUUAUUAUUAUUAAUAUUAUUGUCUUCCAACGUGCGCGCGCGUCGCUUUCGCCUGUCCAGGAGCGCGAGUGCUGAGGUGGUGUGUGUGUGGUGCUGCCAUGUGGUAACGGCGUUCCUGAGUGAGCGUGUAGGAGAGAGAGAAUGAAAUGUAAAUUGCGGAUGGAGGGAGUGAUGCAGCCACAGCACCGGGGAGUAGUGAAAAUCCUGAGGGUUCUUUUGAUUUGUCUCAUCGUUCUCGUCCUGACGACAGAAGUUAACGCAGGUGGUAAGAAGCACAGUGAGAUAUGUGGGGGCAGAGACUGCAGUGGUGGAUGUCAGUGCUAUCCUGAGAAAGGUGCAAGGGGCCAGCCAGGUAUUCUUGGCUCUCAGGGCCCUACAGGGCCUCCAGGACGUGCAGGCGACCCUGGCCUGCAAGGUUUUAAGGGAGAGAAGGGUAAUUCGGGUGAGACAGGCAUCACAGGACUGAAAGGGGCUCAGGGAAUGAUAGGAAGUCCAGGGUUUCCAGGAGCAGAUGGUAUUCCAGGUCACCCAGGGCAGCAAGGCCCUCGAGGAAAACCUGGUGCUGAUGGCUGUAAUGGAACCCGGGGAGAUCCUGGAAUACCCGGCCUGGAGGGAUUUAAUGGUGUUGCUGGAGAAAAAGGUCAGCCAGGCAGGAAGGGUGAGAAAGGGGACUCCCUGGAGAUUAGUGUUUACAUGGAGAGAUUUCGGGGCGAGAAAGGACUUCCAGGAUAUCCAGGACCUACGGGUCCUCCUGGAAUCAAAGGUGCUCAAGGAAGACCAGGUAUCAUCGGUGCUCAGGGUGAAAAGGGUUAUAGAGGACCUCCAGGACCAAAGGGCGUUGCAAAUACACUCAUUAAAGGAGAUAAAGGAAAUCCGGGGGACGUUGGAGAUCCAGGGCCACCAGGGAACCAAGAGUUUAAAGACACCUUCCCAGGCCCCAAAGGCGAUAAAGGUUCUAAAGGUGAACCAGGAGAUUUGGCGUUUCAUAUCAAAGGAGAGACAGGACUUCCUGGAUUACCUGGGAAUCGGGGCUAUCCAGGAAGCACUGGAGCGCCAGGAAGAAAGGGUGAAGCUGGGGAUUCGGGUAUUCCUGGGCAGCCGGGAAGCAAGGGGGAGCUAGGAGAAGCAGGAGAGCUGAUCUAUUCAAAUGGAGACAGUGAAGUUGGUCCUCCAGGAGAACGUGGCCCACCAGGGCCUGAUGGUCUCAGGGGAAAUAAAGGAUCACAGGGUCCCCCUGGGCCAGAUGCUCAGACACAGGAAUUUGUGUUGCCCGGACCAUUUGGACUAAAAGGGGAAAAAGGGAGGAAAGGUGAUGCUGGGGAACCUGGUAUCCCAGCCUCAGAACCUGGGCCUCCAGGCUUUGAUGGCCUACCAGGAACACCUGGGCCAGCCGGACCAAAGGGUUCAUGGAGCGUGUUUUUCAGAGGGCCUGAAGGGCCACAUGGACGUCCAGGAAAUGCUGGAGUGAAAGGACAAAAAGGUGACCAUGGUCAUUGUGAGUGCAUUUUGCAAACCUCCCCUCCUGGACCCCCUGGCCCAGCUGGAGAUCAGGGUGACCCUGGAACAGUGGGAGAGUGGGGUCAGCCGGGUGAUCAGGGAGACCAGGGACCCAGAGGCCUCCCUGGUCUGCAUGGCUUUCCUGGGCCACAUGGGAUGCCUGGCCCUAAAGGCUCUAAGGGAGAUAGAAGAGAGGUUAAAGACAAAGGAUCACCAGGAGAACCUGGAGACCCAGGGAGACCAGGUGUACAAGGACCACAGGGCAGACAUGGGACUAGUGGAAUAGAUGGUGCCCCUGGACUUCAUGGUCUUCCUGGAGAAGGGCCAGUUGGUGAGCCUGGACAGAAGGGUUACCCAGGCAGGCCAGGUAUACCAGGGUUCCCAGGACUAGCAGGGGAACCAGGUCAAGUAAACGGAGCACCUAAAGGUGUUAAGGGUAUAGCAGGUGAUGCAGGAUUAAAUGGUUAUGAUGGAGUCCCAGGCACACCGGGUACUUCAGGAGACUGUAGUCUACAAGGAGAAGGAGGCAAGUGGAUUACAGCAGGCGAUUGCGCGGCUUUAACUGGACCCCCAGGAGAGAUAGGACCCCCGGGACAUCCUGGAUUGGAGGGGAUGCCAGGAUUUCCUGGUCCAAAAGGCUUUGUAGGAGAUAGAGGCAAGAUAGGAAAUAAAGGAGAACAAGGAGACCAGGGCAUCGGAGGCUCACCUGGAAAAACAGGUUUUACUGGACCUCGUGGAGACUUAGGCAGUACUGGACUAAAAGGUCUCAGAGGUUCUUCUGGCAUCCCGGGUAGACCAGGGCUUGAUGGUGAGUCUGGACAAAAAGGUCCUAACGGUGAAGCUCUAGGAGCAUCUCCUGGACCCACUGGUGAACCAGGACUGCCAGGACUGCAGGGGAUAAAAGGUCCCCCUGGAAACUCUGGCGCAAGUGGAUACCCAGGCAUGGGGGGAAUGCCUGGGAUGAUUGGGAUCAAAGGUGAAUCAGGUCCCUCAGGAUUACAGGGGGAAAUAGGAAGACCUGGACCAGCAGGAAUAUUUGGCUUCCCUGGGAAGCCUGGUCCGGAAGGACUUCCUGGACCUCGAGGCCACACUGGACUACCAGGGCCUAGUGGAGAAACAGGCCAUCGUGGAGAUAGUGGUCCCCCAGGGCUCAUAGGAGUGAAGGGUGUUAGGGGAGAACCAGGAAAUGAUGCUGGGCCAGGAGAUUACGGACCACGAGGGGAUCCAGGAGACCCUGGACAUGUUGGACCUACUGGUGUUCCUGGACUUAAAGGUAUAAAAGGCUCUCCAGGCAUGGCAGGUUUCCCAGGAAUGUCAGGAGAUCCUGGUCUAAAGGGCCUUCAAGGAGAGACAGGGCUGGUUGGAAUACCAGGCCUACAGGGAGAUAAAGGAGGCAUGGGCCAUCAGGGAGAAAAAGGUGAAAGAGGAGUUAUGGGCCCUCCAGGUAAAAUGUCCAUCGGAGAAAUGACACAUAUGAAAGAGGUUAUGAAGGGUGCUAAAGGUGACCAUGGGCAUGAAGGAGAUCCAGGUUUCACUGGCCCACGAGGCACCAAAGGUUUGCCAGGGAUUCCAGGACAAGAAGGGCUUCAUGGAUUACCCGGCGAACCUAGCACUAUAAAAGGUCUGCAAGGACAGACUGGAGCUCUUGGACUGCCUGGCCAGAAAGGAAUGCCAGGCCCUACAGGACCCCCAGGAAUUCAGGGAUUUUUUGGACCGACUGGACAUAGGGGGGACAAAGGUUCAUCUGGUGCUUAUGGAGCAACAGGAGAUGUUGGAAUCAAGGGGAUUAAAGGUGAGCAGGGUGACAUUGUUGAUCUCCCAGGACCCACAGGAUCCAGAGGGGAAACAGGGCCGCUUGGACCUUUAGGUCAGAAGGGUUACACAGGUGAGCCUGGAGUUAGAGGAAGUCCUGGUUUUGAUGGCAUCAAAGGAAUUAAAGGGACUCAAGGUGAACCUGGAAAACAAGGGCUAUCAGGUGCUGAAGGCCUAAAGGGCUUUCCAGGAAACCCGGGCUCUAAGGGCUGGCCAGGAGUGCCAGGACAGGCAGGGGUCCCCGGUAAACCAGGUUAUCCAGGACACAUAGGUUUUCCUGGCCUUCGUGGGAUUUCAGGGUUGGGUGGCCUUAAAGGUCUAAAAGGCAUUCAAGGUGUUGCAGGUCCUGACAAUUGGGGGAUACCAGGUGAGGAUGGAGCAAAAGGAGAAAAAGGAGCUACAGGUAUUCCUAACACAGAGACUGGGGUCCCUGGAGCCGAUGGCCUUAAAGGUUCAACAGGAGAUCCAGGUGAUCAGGGUAAACUAGGCCCUCAGGGAAAUCAAGGGCCUCCAGGAGCACAGGGAAUUCCUGGCAGAAAAGGUCUAUCAGGGGACAUAGGGCUUCCUGGUCAGAAAGGUCUUCCAGGCUUUCCUGGAGCCACCGGUCUUCCAGGUUUUCCAUCUCCACCUGGAGCUAAAGGAGAGUAUGGCUUUAACGGGGAUUUUGGAACCACAGGACCAAAAGGACCACCAGGGGACAUAGGAGACAAAGGAUUUCCUGGACCAUCUGGUAUUUUUGGAGGAAAAGGUAUAAAGGGAGCCAUGGGAAAGAUGGGAGUCCCAGGACCACGUGGUUUACAAGGUGACCGAGGCGUUUCUGGAUCUAAAGGAGAGACUGGACCACCAGGCCCAUCUGGCCCCCCUGGUGCUGAAGGACUCCGUCCAGUUCCUGUGAAGGUGCCAGGGGAGAGAGGACCCCCUGGUAAAGAUGGUAAGCAAGGACUCCAAGGAGUCAGAGGGGAGUAUGGCCCAAUGGGACCCCCUGGAGAUGCAGGAUAUUUGGGACCACAGGGGCAAAAAGGAAUGCCAGGGCUGCCUGGAAUACCAGGAACACCAGGUAUCCGUGGGGAUAUGGGACCAAUAGGACACCAGGGCCUCCAGGGCCUAGAAGGAAACUCUGGCCAUCCUGGUAUUCCUGGUGCCCCUGGUAUGCCUGGACGCAGUGUCAGUGUUGGGUACCUCCUGGUGAAACAUAGCCAGUCUGAUCAGACACCAAUGUGCCCUGUGGGAAUGUCCAAGCUGUGGGAUGGCUACAGCUUGCUUUACUUUGAAGGGCAGGAGAAAGCUCAUAAUCAGGACCUUGGUCUGGCAGGCUCUUGUCUUCCUCGUUUCAACACCAUGCCAUUCCUGUAUUGCAACCCUGGGGACAUAUGCUACUAUGCUAGUCGCAACGACAAGUCCUAUUGGCUUUCUACAACUGCCCCCAUUCCCAUGAUGCCUGUGGAAGAGUCAGAAAUAAAGCCCUAUAUCAGCCGCUGUUCAGUAUGUGAGGCUCCAUCUGUGGCUGUAGCUGUGCAUAGUCAGGAUAUAACUAUCCCACAAUGUCCUGUAGGCUGGAGAAGCUUAUGGAUUGGCUACUCAUUCCUAAUGCAUACGGCAGCUGGAGAUGAAGGAGGUGGUCAGUCUCUGGUGUCUCCAGGCUCGUGUCUGGAGGAUUUCCGCACCACUCCCUUCAUCGAGUGUAAUGGAGCUAAGGGUACCUGUCACUACUUCUCGAACAAGCACAGUUUCUGGCUGACAUCCAUUGACCAGUCCUUCCACAGUACCCCCGAGUCCGAGACGCUCAAGGCCGGACAGCUCCUCUCACGCAUCAGUCGCUGCCAAGUCUGCAUGAAGAACCUGUGACUUGUAUGAACUUUGACUUGAGGGUGUGGCCAUUUUGACAUUUUUGUGUGCAGUCCAGUACAGAAUGUCAAGGUAAGCUCUAAAGGUCACCCAGAGGUCAUAGUAACUAUUACUUUCAUAAACCAAACAGGAUUGUUGAAUAAAGUUUAGGAGCUGUUAAUCAUAUAAAUUGAAUACUGCAUACUUUCACAAUAUCAUGGAUGGCCCUCAGUUUUUCUUCAUUACUGUAUACCCCAUCCUAUGUGCCUAAAGACUGAAGAUCUGUAAAUGUGUUGAGAAGAGUGGUCAAAGAAGCAUCAAAAGCUUAGAAAUGCUUUAUCGUUACUCAUGUUACAUUUGAAAUGGUGCUUUUUCCUAACUUAUUACCUCACUCAUCAGCGCGAUUUGUAUAAUUCAUAUUACCAAGUACAUCAUACAGCAGAACCAAAGACGCCCAUGUUAACGCACUGCUUCCCUUAUAUUCAUCUAUGUAUGACACUUCCUGUAGCUAUUAGAAUGUCUUGGUGUGAUUUAUACAACAGCCAAACGCUUUACACUAUAAACAAUACAACCAUCUGAGGGACACCUCAAAUAAAGUGUUGCUUUACUUGUGCUUUUAAUUACGAUUUUAUCAUCAGGUAAUGAACUCUAUUUUUACUAACGCUGUUCUCCAACUGUACAUUUUGUUUUGUGAAGAAUUAUUUGCACUUAAAAUACAGGAUGUGGUUAUCAUCGUUAUACUAUGCUUCAGCAGCCUCUGAGCACAAGCAUGCACAUUUUUACAGGACAGAGCUGUUUCUCGGAUAUGCAAGACCACAAGUUAACCCUUUGCAAAGUGGAGUUCAGAACAUCUCGUCUUAUUGAACGAUGAUUAUGGAUUCAUUUGUUUGUAUUCUGACUGCACUGAUUUGACUUUUUUUGUUUUUAAAUUUCACUUCUUUUUUUUUUCCUUGCACAGCAAAAAAAUAAAAUAAAUAAAUGAAUAGCUCACUUAAUACAGGAAUUCCUUUUCACUAUCUGAUAUUUAAUGAUUGAUAGACCAAAUUUAUGAGGUGAAUGACCACAUUUGUACUUUGCUCAGCCAUGCAUACCACAUGUGUCAGUUUUGUGUUUCUAGAAUAACCUUAUCUGAUUCUGAUCAUAAACAAGUCAAAGGAGGAGAUAACACGAUGGAGGUGUUACAAGUUAACAAUGUAUUUAUGUGGAAAAUAUUUUUGGACCAUGUUCUGAAUGAUUGUGACUGUUAGCAUUACUGAACAAUAACAAAUUAAAUGCUUCUUUUUGUUACA